UGAUUAUAUUUGAUUAUGUUAACAGGCAGGGAUAAGCCCAUUAUCAGUGCUCUUGAAUAUGUUAGAGAGUAUUGCAUGAAAAGGAUUGUCAAUGUGCUGAAGGUUAUUGCUAAGACUGAUGGUGUGUUGACUCCAAAAGCUGCUGAGCAUUUUGAGCUUGUCAAAAAACAUGCAGCCAAUUUAAUUGUCCAGUGGAAUGGUGGUCCUAAGUAUCAAGUUAGUUGUUAUUUGGGUGAAAGAUAUGGAGAGCAGUUUGUUGUGGAUGUCAUUGAGAGGACCUGCACAUGCAGGAAAUGGGAAAUAAGGGGCAUGCCUUGUACACAUGCUGUUGCCACCAACUGGGAUAUGGCUGCAAAUGGUUUGAAGGUUGACAUACCAGAGAGAUGGGUGGAUGAGUGCUACUGGUUGUCUACAUGGAAGAAGGUAUACUCUUACAAAAUAGGGCCAAUCAAUGGAAGAAGCAUGUGGCCUAGGGCACACUGUAGUACAAAACUCCUUGAACCAAUGUACCACAAACCUGUUGGCAGACCCAGGAAGAUGAGAAGAAAGGAUGAAAUGGAGAAGGAAGAUAGCAUGGUUAAAGAUGGCAAGUUGAGUAGGAAAUGGAAGACAGUGACAUGUGGAAGCUGUGGAGGAAAAGGUCACAAUAAAAGAAGGUGCACCGGACAAGGCUCAACUGCUGCUCAAUCUAGUUAAAUAGGAUGUUUGGUUAUGCUUUUUGAUGCUUUUUUAUGUUAUUAGGCUGCUAAAACUUCUGGUUAUCCUUUUUUAUGUUAUUAGGAUGUUUGGGAUAUGUUAUCAAACAGUUUGGGAUAUGGUUUUUGUAAAACUGUUGUUACCAGUU